AUGACCAUAGCAACUGAGGUUUUGUGCCCUGAAGAAGAGGCAUUCCAGCUCCUCAACAAGUACUCGUGGUUUCCCAACGACGACCAGCGACGUUGGUGGGAAUAUACUGGGCCCAAUUUGCUCAAGCUUUUGCGUGAUGCUCAGUAUCCGCAGAAGGAUCAGCUUCCUUGCCUCUAUCUCGUGCAGCAACUUCUGGUUCCAUACCUCGGCACCUUCCCAGUUGCUGGACAGGCACCUCUGCCUUGGUGGAGCAAUGUGACCACCUAUGGCGUUCCUUUCGAGCUCAGCUGGAAUCUCCUACAUAAUAUCGUGCGGAUUGGGUUCGAACCACUCUCACACUUGGCAGAAUCCGGCGUCGAUGCUUUCAACAAGAUAGCGCCAGACGAAUGCCUAUCCCGCCUUGCGUGUCUAGACAACACCAUCGAUCUAGCCCGGUUCAGGCACUUCCAACACGAACUAUUGGUGACUCCCGAUGAAGAAAGCCGGCUGCUCAAGGAGAAAGCCCCCCUCCCCAAGUCCGGGCGAGGCCAGCAAACCCUGGCUGUGGAAUUCCAGAACGGCGGCAUCAGCGCCAAGGCCUACUUCUUCCCAGGCAUGAAGUCGCUGGCGACUGGAAUCGCGCCAGGAAAGCUCAUUCUCGACUCCAUCGAGACGCUCGCUCUCUCGGGAUUGAAGGAACCCGUGCAUCACCUCUGCAACUCCCUCGGCCUGCAAGACGACGGACACCCAACAGAUCCCGCGAUUGCCCCGUUCCUUCUCGGGGUCGACCUGUGCACUCCCGAGCGCAGUCGCCUGAAAUUCUACGUCACCGACCAGGUGGUGUCAUGGGAUCGGGUAGCGGACAUGUGGACUCUUCGCGGGAAACGUCUGGAAGAUCCUCAAUGUGCCGAUGGUCUGACCCUUCUGAGGAAGCUGUGGGAUCUCCUCGAGAUCCCUGAAGGGUAUCGGAGCAACAUCCGGCCGGACUUUGCUUUUGGGACACCUCCUCCCGAGGACUACCGACCCGUCAUGAUGGCGAACUGGACCCUAUCUCCCAAGAAAAAAUUUCCGGACCCCCAGAUAUACCUCCUUACCGUUGGAAUGAAUGAUGCGGCGGUAAUGGACGCACUCGUGGCGUUCUACAAGGUUCUGGGUUGGACGGAUCUGGCCAGCACGUACAAGGAUAAAGUGGCCUCAUACUAG